UCCAGGCGGUAGUGGUAAACAUAGCUGUCAAACAACAUCAUCGACGCCAUUUCGACAACAGCCUUAAAAUGGCAGCAAAAUACAGAGCGAUGAUCGCUCUUUACUAAAUAAGAAGCGACGCGAUCGCGAAUUCAAACGCGCUUUAACGGACUUUCGCGCCGAGAAGAUGGACAUUAGCACGGCCGUGUUUAACGCGGCGAGAGACGGAAAACUGAAACUCAUCCAGAAGUUGCUGAGCAACAAGAGCGCGGAGGAGCUGGAGGCUCUGGCGGAGGAGAAGACGCAGGGCGGCACGCCACUGCUCAUCGCGGCGCGCUACGGGCACCUGGAGGUGGUGGAGUACCUGCUGGAACACUGCAGGGCUGGCGUGGAGGUCGGGGGAUCUGUUAACUUCGACGGUGAGACGAUCGAGGGCGCUCCGCCGCUGUGGGCCGCGUCGGCCGCCGGGCACCUGCCGGUCGUGAAGUCUUUAUUGGGUCACGGGGCCUCCGUCAACAACACCACCCUCACCAACUCUACCCCGCUGCGGGCCGCCUGCUUCGACGGACACCUGGAGAUCGUGCGCUACCUGGUGGAGCACCACGCUGACAUGGAGGUGGCGAACCGGCACGGGCACACCUGCCUGAUGAUCUCCUGCUACAAGGGCCACCGAGACAUCGCUAAGUUCCUCCUGGAGCGAGGAGCUGACGUCAACCGCAAGAGCGUGAAGGGCAACACGGCUCUGCACGACUGCGCCGAGUCCGGGAGCCUGGAGAUCAUGAAGAUGCUCCUUAAGUGUGAGGCGCGCAUGGAGCGGGAUGGCUACGGGAUGACCCCACUGCUCGCCGCUAGCGUCACCGGACACACCAACAUCGUGGAGUAUCUGGUGCACCAGCCGCGGCCGAGUAGGGAGGAGCGCAUCGACGCACUGGAGCUUCUCGGAGCCACAUUUGUGGACAAGAAGCGCGAUCUGCUGGGCGCAAUGCGCUACUGGCGGAGAGCGAUGGAGCUGCGGACGGCGGGCGAGAAGGCGGGUGGCUACUUGGCGAAACCAACUCCGGGGCCACCGGUGCCAGCGUAUGAGUGUGCGCGUGAGGUUAGCACGGCGGAUGAGCUAGAGGCACUAAUCACGGAUCCAGACGAGAUGCGCAUGCAAGCGCUGCUUAUCCGCGAGCGCAUCCUUGGGCCGUCGCACCCAGACACCUCCUACUACAUCCGCUACCGUGGCGCCGUCUACGCCGACUCGGGGAACUUUCAGCGCUGCAUUAGCCUGUGGAAGUACGCGUUAGACAUGCAGCAGAGCAACCUGGACCCGCUUAGCCCGAUGACGGCUAGCAGCUUCCUCUCGUUCGCCGAGCUCUUCUCCUUCGUGUUGCAGGACCGCGCUAAAGGCACGUUAUGCACCCGCGUCACCUUCCAGGACCUAAUGGGUGUGCUAGGGAAGAGCGUGCGCGAGGUGGAGCGCGCCGUAGCGCAGCGCGACAGUCCACCUGAGGCGCCGCAGUUCACCAAAGCGCUGUCCAUCAUCCUACACCUGCUGUUCCUGCUGGAGAAGCUGGACUGCGCUCCGGAGCAAGAGCACCUCAAGCGGCAGACUGUGUACCGGCUGCUAAAGCUAAACCCGCGCGCGCGGAGCGGCUACACGCCACUGCACAUGGCCGUGGACAAGGACACCACAUCAGUGGGGCGCUACCCAGUCGGGCGGUUCCCGUCGCUAGCCGUGGCGAGCCUGCUACUUGAGUGCGGGGCGGACGUCGACUCACGCGACUGCGAGAACAACACACCUCUACACGUAUCCGCUGCUAACGGCUGCCCCGAGAUCAUGGCGGCGCUAAUCCGAGCCGGCGCUCACUUCGACGCCACCAACGCGCAGCACAAGACUGCGUACGAGCUGCUGGACGAGCAGAGCAGCGGACGACACGCACUACACCCGCUAAGCUACGUCACGCUACAGUGCCUAGCCGCGCGAGCCAUCGAGAAACACAGACUUCCCUACAAAGGGCUGAUCUCAGAGGAGAUGGAGGCGUUCAUCGAGCUGCACUGACACACACGCUACUACGCACACGAUCCAUGCAAUAAUCCCGGCGUCAGCGCGCGGACUCAGAGAUAGCGCUGGGACGAGCCCUGGUCUCUGAUUGGUUGCUAUUCUUUGAUUGACAGGACAGUCCGAUGCAAAUUGAAAUGCAAAAGCAAAACGUUUUCUAUCAGACUCCAUUAACGUCAUGACGCGUUCAUCUUCCCGUCGGCGAUCCUGAAGGACUCGGUGCCAAAACUAGCCUUACAUCAUCAUCUUUUCUAACGUGUGAUUUUAAUGUUUUUAUUGAAUGACUCUUUCAUCUGGGGAGUGACUGUAAUAUAUUUAACUCUGCACUUUAUCCACCCUUCAUUGCUGGCGUUACGUUGAUAUCUAUGCAGUUUACGAGCGGAGGAGCGCUGGAGUGGCAGACCUGCCGUUGGGGUUAGGGUUAAGCUUCAUGCAUCGUAGUCUUAUUCUGAUUGCCUUUAAGUUUAUUUCUUCUCGGUGAGAUUUGGAAUGGCUGUUUUUGUGUCGUUGUUGUAAAUGCCUCCCAAAUGAAAGCACUUUGAAAAUGUUUAACACUUUGUUUAAAACCAGAGACUUCAGAAACUGAUUUGUUUAAUUUAAGACGGUUUACUACGAGACUAAAGGUGGGUGGCGAUGCCUGAAUAAACUCAAGUGUCCCAUCAAGCUGUUGUUCUGGCGGCUCGUCUGUUGGUGUCCUGCGACGUCUCUCUCGUGGGUCGCGGGGUCACGGGGUCACUCACGGGUAUUCCUACAGUUAAUGUCAAAACAUGUUCAGGGCUUCAGUUUGUGUCAUGAUGAAACGCGUUGAGUUCAGUUCACUAAACCAAAGUUAGUGUUCGGGUCUUAUUUAUUUGAAUACAGUCAUCAACAUUUAGGACAGGAACGGCUAAUGUUCAAAAUUCAUAGCAGUUUUGAUCCACUGAUCCAUGUUGAUGACUAUUUUUAAUUAGCUUUGUGUAAAUUUUAGUUAAACUUUUAGUAAUUUAGUUAUGUGCUUUUUCAUUGUAUUAGUUUUUUUUUACUAAUAGUUAAUAGAUUUUAAGUAUUGCUUUUGCCAAGUUAUUGUCAAGGCAAGAUCUCUUGAUCAAAAAUAUACAUUUUAUUUUAGCUUUAUUUAAAUUAACCAUAAUAUUAAAUGUCUUUUUAUAACAAAUAACCCUUUAUGACUUCUAACCGUUCAUCACUACAGGAAAAGAACAAUCAGAAAAAUCAAUGAUUUUCGUUGUUUUCUAAAAGUAAGUUAUGAUAGUAAGUACGCAUCAUGCUAUCUGUGCUUUAAUGUAUUCUGACUUUGAUUGACAGGUUUUCAUCAUCACUGCAUUACAGGACGAAGGCCUCAUUUCUUUAAUGCCAAAUUUAGUCCCCGUUUGAAUAUUUUGUAAUAUUGAUUGUGGGAUGAAACAUGAUAUUUCUGAAGCUGAAUCUCGAGCACUGAAGGUUAGUAGUGUCUUAUUUUUGUGUUUUGAGGAAAUGUUUUCUCUGGUUGCUGACGAACCGUGUCGCGUUCACACACACCGUGUCCGUGUACACUACUCAACAUUUGAAGUGGAUUGAAAGCUAUACAUGAAUUUUGAACAAUACCGUUCUUGUGUUAGGACAACUUUGAUGGCCUUUUUAUAUCCACUUUAGAUGCUGACUCCUGUGUCAUGUGGCCCAGUGUAAAUCUGUUGUUUCGUUUGUAAAAGUCUCAGAAAUAUGUCAAAGCUGUUCGUGUUGAUUUAUGUUCUCUCCUGUGGUCAGUGGAAGGCCGGUCAUGUAUUCUCCAGAAACCCGAUCGCUGAUAGAAAUAGCCUUGAGUCGCGGGUCUAUUUCAGGUCCCGGUCCCGUAAGCGGAUCCGUCAGACCGGGACGAUCUGCAGACGGAUCUCACGAUGAAAGGUUCAUGAUCUCCAUGUGCUGUAGAAACCAGUAUUACCAGUGUAAAUAAAGCAGGAUUGGAGUUUA